GAAGUAGUGUUCCUUCUUAAACAACGGCAUGGCACUUGAUAAAAAAGUCACGGUUUAAUUUAAGGGAAGCAGAGAAUCGGGCGAACCGGGUAAAGGAGUCGGUUAGGGCAGUUUUAGAAGAUAUAAAAGUAAGAAGAAACAUCUGGAGAGAGCGGCUUUAGGGCGUAAAAGAAAAGAAAUAUAAGCCGUAGAAGAGGGCUCUCUCUUGGUUGAGCUUAUUCCCCCCAUUAUUUCCUUUACUACUCCUUUUCCAAAUCUUUUCAGAUGGAUCGUUACCAGAGGGUGGAGAAGCCGAAAGCAGAGACACCCAUUGACGAGAAUGAGAUUCGGAUUACCAGUCAAGGAAGGAUGCGUAGUUAUAUCACUUAUGCCAUGACUCUGCUCCAGGAGAAGGGAUCGACUCAAGUAGUUUUUAAGGCAAUGGGAAGGGCCAUUAACAAGACUGUGACCAUUGUGGAGUUAAUUAAGAGAAGAAUCGUUGGUUUACAUCAGAUUACAUCAAUUGGAUCCAUGGAUAUAACAGAUAUGUGGGAGCCGCUGGAGGAAGGACUUCUUCCAUUGGAGACCACCAGGCAUGUGUCAAUGAUCACUAUAACCCUUUCGAAAAUAGAAUUGAAUACGUCCUCUGUUGGGUACCAGCCCCCAUUACCAGCUGAUCAGGUGAAAGCAUCCACAGAAGUCGAUCAUGAAGGAGCAGAGGGCUCACCUAAUGACCGAGGUAGGGGUCGUGGUGGUAGAGGAAGGCCGAGGAGUAGAGGGAAUGGUUUUGUCUCUGCUGAGUAUGAGGAUGGAAGCUGGGACCGCACUCGUGGCUAUGCUAGGGGUAGAGGUCGAGGAAGAGGACGUGGGGUCCGGGGCCGUGGACGUGGAGGAUACAAUGGACCUCAGUUCGAUAGGCCGCAAGAUGAAGGCUACAAUUUUGAAGCCCCUCCCCAAGGUGGCCGUGGUCGUGGCCGUGGCAGGGGAUACCGUGGAAGGGGCCGUGGGUUUAGAUCUAAUGGGCCAAUCCAUGCAGCUGCAUGAGGUGGUGUGUGGCAUUCCUUGAAUGAUACGGAAAUGAUGGUGUUGGAUGCUAUGCAUAUCUAGUUAUAUGUUUAUGAAUUUUUUCUCCUUUUCGUUUAUCUUGUCUGUUCUUUAUUUUAUAGUCUUAGGGUGUUCUCAUUUUUUUCUUCGUUGUUUAUUACUGGCAGUUUUAACUUUAGGAUGUUUUCGUGUUGAUGUUCAUGGGUAGUCUUAGAAUAGUUGCAUUUAAGGUUUUCAAUAGUGCAGCCGCCUCACACCAUGUCUUCUUUUUUGGUUUAUUUUGUAGCCUUAGCUUAUAUGUUUUGAACAAUUGUAAACAGAAAUUUUUUCCCUUUUUAAUUUGUUUUAGAGUUUGCUACUUA